CUAAACUUGAGGUGUUUGAUUGAAAUUUCUGAGUGGCUAAUGUCCCAUAGCAUUCAUUGAACAUUUCCCCGUUUCAUAAAUAGAUUUUGAACAAAAUAUUUGUGAGUAAGAGGUAAGAUAUUGAGGGACUUGACCAGUGUUCGAAACCAAAAAUGAUAGCAGAAUUUUUAGGUGCAUAACUGUAUACACAGCAUACCGCAAAUAAAGAUCCUGUUCAGUAAAUUUCUGUAUAUUAAAAGUACGCUUUCCUAAGAAUCAUUACUAUAAUCAAAUUCAUGUAAUUUCAAGAAUUUAUGGAACUCCCUGACAAAAUAACACAUUAGCAGAAUGAAAUACAACAUAGCGGAUAUGAGAUUGUGUGGAGACCGCAGUAAAAAAAAAUCGGAAUUUUAAAGCAGAAAAAACGUAAAAUCUAUUCUAGGUGAAGCUAUAAUGAUGGGCUGGGAUUUUAGUAUAUAGUAAAUACCUAUGUUAAUAUUAUGUAAAUGACUUUUUGUAUAUCUGAUGGACAAAAAUAAAAAUAAUAUUAAUUUUAGGAAUAUAUUUUUUUGCUCCAUGAUUUAAUGCCAACUUUUGAAGCUCGUUGCCCCACUGUGCGUCGAAUCGUUGAAUCCGUGGAUUGAUUUGGAGUAUAUCUUCUCAUUGAUAUAUAUUUUAUGCGAAGUGUAAAAAAUAGCACUCCUCGGGGUAAAUUAUACGCAAAAUUUUAUAAUAACAUGCGAUCGCUGAAGACAAGCGGCUUAAUAGAAAAAAAUAAUAAAAAUAUUAAUCUGAAUAAUUCUUCAACAGAUAACUUUAUUAUAGAACCAGAAGAAGAGAACAUCAGAGAUAUAGACAUUAUAAAAUACAAUCAUUUAAAUAUUCCAUUUCCGCAGUUACAAGAGCAUUGGAGUUCUACUGUCAAUUAUAGACUUAAAAGGAUUAGAGAGGCUAAAGAAACAAACGAAAUAAUAAAUGAAUGGGCUAGUUAUAGAUUGCCCCUUGGAUAUAAACUCGUGGAUAUUGACUUUAAACAACUUAUCAAAUAUAAUAGUAUGAUGGUCGAUUCAUUUGAUGAUUCUUACCAAGAUAUUAUGAAUAUUAUAGAAAAACACAAUAAAGACCGAGAUAGCAAAAUACUUGUAGAACAACUUCUCAAAGAUCAGACAUUUGUCAAAGUGGAACUAAUACAGCAUUCUUCUAUUUAUUAAGCUCGCUUUUCGUGCCAACGUCGCGAAAAGUGACGAGAGAUAAAAAUGGAAAAAAAAAUAUCAUUAAAUAUUCUAU